AUGGAGGAACUUUACAAUGGUUCUGGCGGAGCAGUCAGUACAGUGUAUUUGUCAGGGAAUCCAGGAUGUGGCAAGAGCCAACUUGCCCGGGAAAUUGGACAACAGCUCUUUUAUGGACAAAACAAUGAUCUUAUCUUUGCUGCGACACUGAACACAGAAAACAUUGAGACACUUGUUGACUCUUACCUCACCCUUGGAAGACACCUAGGGAUAACAGAAUACGCGUUGACAAGCUUAGAAUCCUUAAAAAGUGUGAAACCUAUUGAAGCAGUUAAACAGCUCCAUCGCUUGAUUAUGCCAAAGACCAGCAAGUUUACCAAAUGGUUGAUAAUAGCAGACAAUGUGAUUGAUUUACGCUUAGUCCGCGACUUGCUUCCUCAAACUGGCAGUAAAGAAUGGGGCUAUGGGCAAGUGCUGAUUACCACUCAAGAUAGUGGUACAAUUCCUCAAAACGCUCCUCACACGUAUCAUCAAUCGUUAAGCAAAGGAAUGGGGCGCGACGAGGCAGUGGAAUUGCUGGAAACAGUAUCGCAAAUUUCAGAGCCAGUACAAGCAGAAAAUAUCGCUGAACUUCUCGAUUUUCAGCCCCUGGCUUUAGCUGCUGCUGCUUAUUACGUGCAAACUGUUGUGACCAAUGGGUCUUCACAUUAUAAUUGGAAAGCAUACCUUCAAGACAUAUCAACAUACAGCCAGCGAAAAACGACCGAAACUGUCCUUGCUAAUGAGAGUUCAGCCUACGCUAAAACAACAAUGGCCGCAGUAGAAAUGGCAAUCCACAGAGCUGUUGAAACAGACGAGAUUCUUCGUCACACAUUCUCUUUUUUGUCGGUCUGCGCUAACGACGACCUACCACUCGAAACUGUUAUAAAGUUCGUAAAAGCCCAAGUAAAAAACGAGCUAGAGGUCUUAAUGAAGGCAAAGAUUGUAAAGUCCUCUUUAAUUCUUGUUCAUUCCGAAGAAGGGGGUGAACGAACUUAUUUACGUUUGCAUAAAGUUGUGCAUGAGGCUUUGAAAAGAUGCGAGAUACCGUACCUGAAAUCAUUUGAUAGUGACCACACCAUCGCAGAAGCGGUAAAGAUUUUCAAGGUUGAACUUGACGAAAAUGACAAGAAUUAUGCGUUUUGUGAAAAAUUGAGGCCCCACUGUGAAUCUUUACUUAAGCAGAUGACGUCAGAGUUUAGUUUGGAUCACAGCACUUUUUUAGAAAGGUUUGGGCCCUUCGUAAAUUUGGAUACAGUUAUUGAUUGGCUACAUACUAUCGCCUGGGUCUGUCAAAGAAGCUCCUAUUUCUUCUUUGCGAAAGUUGUGGCCAACUUAGCGUGCGAUCUACUGGGGAAAUUAGACGACACUUCAACGGUUGCGUUAACUCGUAAAUGGAAGGUUUUGAAUGUAAGUGGCGAAGUGUACCACAGGCUGGUAGAAUACAAUCAAGCCAAAGAUCUUCACGAAAAAGCACUGAAGAUUAGCAAAAAGAUUUUUGGUGAAGAUCAUGCCCAUGUAGCAACAAGUUAUAACAACUUGGCAUCAGUGUACCUCAGCCUGGAAGAAUAUAAUCAAGCCAAAGAACUUACCGAGAAAGCACUGACGAUUUACAAAAAGAUUUUUGGUGAAGAUCAUGCCGAUGUAGCAACAAGUUAUAGCACCUUGGCAUCAGUGAACAACCGCCUGGGAGAAUACAGUCAAGCCAAAGAACUUACCGAAAAAGUAUUGACGAUUUACAAAACGAUUUUUGGAGAAGAUCAUGCCGAUGUAGCAACAAGUUAUAACAACUUGGCAUCAGUGUACGACAGCCUGGGGGAAUACAAUCAAGCCCAAGAACUUUACGAAAAAGCACUGGUGAUUUACAUAACGAUUUUUGGUGAAGAUCAUGCCCACGUAGCAACAAGUUAUAACAACUUGGCAUCAGUGUACAACAGCUUGGGAGAAUACAACCAAGCCAAACAACUUCAAGAAAAAGCACUGAGGAUUCUCAGUAAGAUUUUUGGUGAAGAUCAUGCCCAUGUAGCAACAAGUUAUAACAACUUGGCAUCAGUGUACUACGACCUGAAAGAAUACAAUCAAGCCAAAGAACUUCACGAAAAAGCACUGACGAUUCGCAAAAAGUUUUUUGGUGAAGAUCAUGCCGAUGUAGCAACAAGUUAUAACAACUUGGCAUCAGUGUACAGCAACCUGGGAGAAUAUAAUCAAGCCAAAGAACUACUGGAAAAAGCACUGAUGAUUGACAAAAAGAUUUUUGGUGCAGAUCGUGGCAGUGUAGCAAACUGUUAUAACAACUUGGCAUCAGUGUACAGCAACCUGGGAGAAUAUAAUCAAGCCAAAGAACUACUAGAAAAAGCACUGAUGAUUGACAAAAAGAUUUUUGGUGAAGAUCAUGGCAGUGUAGCAACAAGUUAUAACAACUUGGCAUUAGUGUACAAAAACCUGGGAGAAUACAAUCAAGCCAAACAACUUCACGAAAAGGCACUGACGAUUCGGAAAAAGAUUUUUGGUGAAGAUCAUGCCGAUGUAGCAACAAGUUAUAACAACUUGGCAUUAGUGUACUACGACCUGAAAGAAUACAAUCAAGUCCAAGAACUUCACGAAAAAGCAAUGACGAUUCGCAAAAGGACUUUUGGUGAAGAUCAUGCCGAUGUAGCAACAAGUUAUAACAACUUGGAAUCAGUGUACAAGAGAUUUGGAGAAAACAAUCAAGCCAAAGAACUUUACGAAAAAGCACUGACGAUUCGCAAAAAGAUUUUUGGUGAAGAUCAUGCCGAUGUAGCAACAAGUUAUAACAACUUGGCAUUAGUGUACAAACGCCUGGGAGAAUACAAUCAAGCCAAACAACUUUACGAAAAGGCACUGACGAUUCGCAAAAAGAUUUCUGGUGAAGAUCAUGCCGAUGUAGCAACAAGUUAUAACAACUUGGCAUUAGUGUACAAACGCCUGGGAGAAUACAAUCAAGCCAAACAACUUUACGAAAAGGCACUGACGAUUCGCAAAAAGAUUUUUGGUGAAGAUCAUGCCGAUGUAGCAACAAGUUAG